AUGGUUUCUGAUCUCAAUAGUCAGCCCCGCCUGGAGCAGACUGGCUUUGAGCUCCCAACUAACACCUCCCGCACACUCCAAGUUCCGAAUCCCUGGGUAGGCCAAAUCUGGGCCCGAAAUGGCUGCAAAUUUGACAAAUCUGGUUUCGGUUCAUGCGCCACCGGAAACUGCGCUUCCGGCAAGAUUGAGUGCGAGGGAGCCGUAGACGCAUCUCCGGCGACGCUAGUGGAUUUUACUCUCGGGCCGGGCGCCAUAACUCGUACGACGUUAGCCUCGUAUACGGUGGUACCCUUGAACGGGACCGGCACUUGCCGGUCCGCCGGCUGUAAGGUGGACUUGAACCUCAGGUGCCCGACGGAGCUGAGAGCCGCCAACGGGUUGGCUUGUAAGAGCAGUUGUAUUGCAUUCGGAACCCCAGAUCACUGCUGUAGAGGCGCUUUUGGCUUGCACGACACUUGUAAGCCGUCAAAUUAUUCUGUGAUUUUCAAAUCAGCUUGCCCCCGCUCCCUCAUCAUCGGUUACAGUGAUACCAAGAGUACGUUCUCCUGUAGAGGUGCAGAUUACAGGAUCGCGUUUCUGCCCCUCAAAUGCUGGUGCAAGUUAAAUAAUACACCACCUACUGGUGGAUGGCUGAACAGGGGAACCAGUAAAAAAUCUGCAAAAAAAUUCACUUCAGCGGCCUCGAUAACCACUGAAGAACCAGAAAGAACCGGUCCGAGACUCUAUAUUCGGAGGUUGAAGUGUUGUACUGUCAGUUACAUGGACGCUUCUGGAUAUCAAUAA